CCUUGGGCGGCUGCGGUCUGCGCGGACCCUGGCGCCUAAGCGCUCGUGUGCCUCCAGUGUGCGAGGCCGGCCUAGCUCGCGCCUGUUCCGGCGCCACCGAACGGCCCAGACUCCAACGCCUUGGCCCGGCCCGCGAACGCCGAGCACGCGCGGAAACCCUUUAAAGAUCAUUAAAAAGCAUUCUGCUCAUCUUCAAUAUGUCAGCUUUAAGGUUGACAGUAGCGCUGAGUCAGCAGAAGCUGCCUGUGAUAUACUCUCUCAGCUGGUAAAUUGUUCCAUCCAGACCUGGAGCUUGAUUUCAACAGCCAAGCCAAGUUUCAUGAAUGUGUCAGAGUCUCAUUUUGUGUCAGUACUUACAGUUGUUUUUAUCAACUCAAAAUCAUUAUCAUCAAUCAAAAUUGAAGAUACACCAGUGGAUGAUCCUUCAUUGAAGAUUCUUGUGGCCAAUAAUAGUGACACUCUAAGACUCCUAAAAAUGAGUAGCUGUCCUCAUGUUUCAUCUGAUGGAAUUCUUUGUGUAGCUGAUCAUUGUCAAGGCCUUAGAGAACUGGCGUUGAAUUAUUACAUCCUAACUGAUGAACUUCUCCUUGCACUCUCAAGCGAGACUCAUGUUAACCUUGAACAUCUUCGAAUUGAUGUUGUGAGUGAAAAUCCUGGACAGAUUAAAUUUCAUCCUAUUAAAAAACACAGUUGGGAUGCACUUAUUAAACAUUCCCCUAGAGUUAAUGUUGUUAUGUACUUCUUUCUAUAUGAAGAGGAAUUUGAGACGUUCUUCAAAGAAGAAACCCCUGUUACUCACCUUUAUUUUGGUCGUUCAGUCAGCAAAGCAGUUUUAGGACGGGUAGGUCUCAACUGUCCUCGACUGAUUGAGUUAGUGGUGUGUGCUAAUGGUCUUCAGCCUCUUGAUAAUGAACUUAUUUGUAUUGCUGAACACUGUACAAACCUAACAGCCUUGGGCCUCAGCGAAUGUGAACUUAGCUGCAGUGCCUUCAUCAAGUUUGUAAGACUGUGUGGGAGAAGGCUAACACAGCUCUCCAUAAUGGAGGAAGUUUUGAUCCCUGAUGAGGAUUAUAGCCUAGAUGAAAUUCACACUGAAGUCUCCAGAUACUUGGGAAGAGUAUGGUUCCCUGAUGUGAUGCCUCUCUGGUAAUUGGCUGCCAAAGAUUCCGAAAUUGUUGUUGUUGUUUUUCUAAAUCAGUAUGAUUAGCUGCUUUCUAUCUAAGCAAAUGUAAAUUUUAAAAUGUGUUGCUGCUGUAUUUUAGGUCAAAUAUUUGAUUGUUUGCAAACUGUCUUAAUGGAUUGCUGCAGAAACAUUUGAAAAAAAAAUAAGAAAUUUGAAAAGCAAGAAAUUGCUGUAAAUAAGGCACAAGCCCUGUAUGUGGAUUAGAUGGUUGAUAUGCCAAAAACUACAGAUGGUUUCUAAGUAGAUUUCUCAGCUUUCCUUGGAGGCAUAUUGUAGCUUGCUAAGUAAAUGUGUAAUAUUGAACUUGGAUUCUGUAAGUUAAGUCAUUUACUUUAUUACAUUGUUUUAUUUGAUUCUAUUUUAUCUUGGUAUUAAUAUAUUUUAUAAAAUAUAAAAUAUUUUAAAGCUUAUUUAACUAUAACAUUUUUAGCACUAUAUGAGAUCAUCUUGUGAUUCAAUAAAUAACUUCUAAU